AUGGAUCCAAACUUAUUUGGAGGAGUCCCCAGGUUUCUCACCCGCCCAAAGGCAUUCUCGGUGUGUGUAGGCAAGGAUGCCACACUGAGCUGCACUGUCGUGGGCAGUCCUACUCCACUGAUUACCUGGGAAAAGGACAAGCUUAAGCUGACAUCUGGGGGACGCUUCAAGACCGUGGAGGAUGGAGAUGUGUACCGCCUGACCAUCUAUGACUUAACACUGGAGGACACUGGUCAGUACAUGUGUCGGGCCAAAAACAAUGUUGGGGAAGCUUAUGCUGCUGUUCCCCUCAAAGUGGCCCUGCCAACAGAGAUGCCUCAGAGGGCCCCUGUUUUCCUGGUUAAGCCUACCUCUACACGUGUAGGCUUGGGGGCCGAUGUCGUUCUCCUCUGCCGGGUUGCAGCUUACCCUGAAGCCAACUUUGAUUGGGAGAAAGAUGGGCGCUACUUGGGGGAGACCAACCGUAUCAAGAUUGUUUCUGACAGUGACAGCAGCACCUUAAAGAUCCAAAGUGUACGUAACCUGGACGGCGGCACCUACACCUGCAGAGCCCAGAAUACAGUCGGCCGUGCACAUGCUGCAGCAGCUCUUGUUGUAGAUGCCCAGGAUUCCCGCCACCUGACCGCAGACAAGAGCACAUCCCUCCUGUCUCACCUUCAAAAGCGUAAAGAGGAAAUGAAGAAGGACAUCUCUAUCUAUCGCACCGAAGAAAGCAGCUCCUCUCUUUCCUCCUCCUCCACAGCCAACAUCAGAGAUGGUUUGACUUCUCUGAGUCUGGAACAUGAGCUGAGAGCAUCUGCGCUGGCAAAGCUACCCAAAGGUGUGUUCACCCGUACCUGCACGGUGACUGAAGGCAAACAUGCCAAACUCAGCUGCUUUGUGACGGGUCACCCAAAACCCCACAUUAUCUGGAGGAAGGACGGAACAAACAUCAGCGAGGGCCGCAGGCAUGUCAUUUAUGAGGACCAAGCUGAGAACUUCAUCCUCAAGAUCCUGUACUGCAAGCAGAGUGAUAAUGGUCUCUACACCUGCAAUGCAACUAAUAUGGCUGGGCAGACCUACAGUGCUGUGUUGGUAACAGUCAAAGAGCCUAAGGUGCCGUUCAAGAGGAAGCUGCAGGAUGUGGAGGUACAAGAGAAAUUGUCAGCCACACUGAUGUGUGAGGUGCCUGUUAGUGCCACGCAGGCCAGCUGGUUCAUGGAGGAAACAAGGCUGGAGCAAAAUAACAAAUAUCGCAUGGAGCAGGAAGGUACCCUGCGUCGUCUCACCAUCCACAAUGUCACCACCAACGAUGAUGGUGUUUAUAUCUGCGAGAUGAAAGAAGGCAGUCGCACUGUGGCUGAACUCACUGUCCUAGGCAACAUUACUAAGAAGCUUCCUCGGAGGACAGUAGUUCCUGUCAGUGACACUGUCAUCUUCUGUGUGGAGCUGGAGCAUCCCUUCCCGGAUGUUUACUGGACCCGCAAUGGCGAGAAGCUGAAGGAAGAUUCCCGUAUUUCCAUUGCCUGCGUGCUCAGACAGUACACUCUUACAAUUAGAGAUUGCCAGGCAGAUGACUCAGGAGAAGUGGCCUUUGUGGCUGGGGACUGCAAGACUUCCACUCGAUUCUCUGUCACUGCUGCCAGGAAACAUCCUCCCGAUCCCCCAGUCGACGCUGUGGUGCAGAACAAGACUGACUCAUCCAUCACCAUUCAGUGGUCUCCCCCUGACAGUGACCGCCCUGUGCCCAUCAAGGGCUACAGUGUGGAGAGGAGGAAGGUUGGCACUCAGACAUGGCAGAGGUGCAAUGCUGGAGAAACCAUUGUUUCAACAGAGAUCACCAUCUGCAGCUUUACUGAAGAAGCCAGCUACCAAUUCCGCAUCUCUGCUAUGAAUGACUUUGGCCAGAGUCCCUACCUGGAGGUGCCUGGAAGCUUCUAUCUAGAACCCAUUGCUGAAAUCAGGAAAGGCCUGAUGGACUGUACUGCAGUCACCGGUGAGGAAUUCUCUAUCUCUGUGGAGCUGUCUGCUGUUUGUUCUGGAUUCUGGUCUCUAAAUGGCCGCCUCCUACGCAGUGGAACUGACUACCUCAUCACCAGGUCCAAGAACACACACACUCUGCUCAUCCGUUGCGUGACCAUAGAGAUGAAUGGAGUUGACGUCAAGUUUGUGGGUGGAGGCUCGCAAAGCAGUUGCAUCUUAUCUGUGAAGGCUCCUCCUGUCAGGUUCACUAACAAGUCAGAUCUGCUGGAGGUGGUGACCUGCAGUGCCCAAGCCUCUGCUCAGCUGACUGCUGAGGUGUCAGAUUACGAUGCACAGGUGGUUUGGAUAAGAAAUGGACGGGAGGUGAAAAUGGGGAAGAAGUAUGAAUAUGUGAUCAUUGACCGCAAGAGGAUCCUGAUGGUACACAAUGUUACAGAGGAAGAUGUAGGCAUCUACGAGUGUGUUUUAGCUGAUGACAGAAUGCCCCUGAAACUCACUCUUAAAGAUGAACCCGCCAAGUUUCUGAACAAAGCCAGAGGUCCCAUGGGAUUGUCAUCGUCCCUCAAAGGAGACCUUGAGCUGAGCUGUGAGGUUUCCUCUGCCAACGCGGCCGUUGUGUGGAAAAAAGAUCAAGUGGAGAUCACUGAGGACCAAAGAAGUACCAUCAUUGCCAAAGGGACUCAAAGAAAGCUCAUCAUCAAGAAUGCCAAGAAAAGUGAUGAAGGUCAUUACUCCUGUGAGACAGCGACAGACAAAAUCACAUUCCAGGUCAAGAUAAAAGAAACUCAAGCCCUAGCUGCCUUCUCCAACAAAGAGUCAGUCCAGAAGGAGGUGAAAGCAACUCUCUCCCAGAAGGCCACUCUUAGUUGCAAUGUUUCAGAUAGCAAGACAGAGGUGAAAUGGUACAAAGAUGGCAGAUUGCUAAUAUCCAGUAGGACGAUAUACUCAGAAGCAAAAGGCAGCACUCGUCAGCUGGUGAUUGAAAAGGUGGAGAAGAGUGAUGCUGGAGAGUAUACAUGCGAAGCUGGAGGGGAUAAGCUGGUCUUCAAGAUAUUUGUGUCAGAGGCCCAGUCAGCCUUCUUCAACAAGGAGUCAGUCCAGAAGGAGAUGAAAGCCACUCUCUCCCAGAAAGCCACCCUGAGCUGUGAAGUAGCUGAUGCAAAGACAGAGGUGAAAUGGUACAAGGAUGGCAAACUGCUGACGUCCAGCAAAACAAUCCACGCCGAGUCAAAAGGCAAGAGUCGGCAGCUGGUGAUCGACAGCGUGGAGAAGAGGGAUGCUGGAGAGUACAUGUGUGAGGUUGGGACUGAGAAGCUGGCCUUCAAACUCCACGUGGCAGACGCACAGGUCUUGUCUGCAUUCUCUAACAAGGAGUCAGUCCAGAAGGAGGUGAAAGCUACUCUCUCUCAGAAAGCCUCCCUGAGCUGUGAGGUAGCUGAUACCAAGACAGAGGUCAAAUGGUACAAGGAUGGCAAACUGCUGACCACCACCAAGACAAUACAUGCAGAGUCAAAGGGCAAGAAUCGGCAGCUGCUGAUAGACAGCGUGGAGAAGAAGGAUGCUGGAGAGUACAUCUGUGAGGCUGGGCCUGAGAAGCUGGUCUUUAAAAUACAUGUGGAAGAAGUCCGGGCUAAAUCAGCCUUCCUAAACAAAGAGUCUGUCCAGAAGGAAGUGAAAGCUACUCUCUCCCAGAAAGCCACCCUGAGCUGUGAGGUAGCCGAUAACAAGACAGAUGUAAAAUGGUACAAGGAUGGCAAGCUGCUGACUUCCAGUAAGACAAUCCAUGUAGAAUCGAAGGGCAAGAGUCGCCAGCUGGUGAUUGACAGCAUAGAGAGGAAGGAUGCUGGAGAGUACAUCUGUGAGGCUGGGCCUGAGAAGCUGGUUUUUAAGAUACAAGUGGCAGAAGCUCCUGCGGGCUUCUCUAACAAGGAGUCUGUCCAGAGGGAGGUGAAAGCCACUCUCUCGCAGAAAGCCACCCUGAGCUGCGAGGUUUCUGAUUCCAAGGCAGAGGUGAAAUGGUACAAGGAUGGCAAGCUGCUGACUUCCAGCAAAGCAGUCCACAUGGAGACUAAGGGCAAGAGUCGUGAGCUGGUGAUAGAAAAAAUGGAGAAAAAAGAUGCUGGAGAAUACACGUGCGAGGCUGGAACAGAGAAGCUUGUUUUUAAGCUUCAGAUGUCAGAUGCAGCAGUCAAAUUCCAGAAAAAGUCUGUCAAGGAUACAUGUGUUGUUCAAGCAAGUGAAAACAUUGUUUUGACCACUGAGCUGACCGCAGUGAGUGGUAGUGUGAAGUGGUUCAGAGAUGGCGUGGAGCUCAAGGAGGGCAGCAAGUACGAAAUGAAAAAAGAUGGUCUUUCUCGUACCCUGAUAGUAAAAUCCACCGAAGCCAAGGACAGUGGGUCAUAUUCCUGUCAAACUGCUGAUGACAAACUGGAGUUCAAAGUUCAAGUUAAAGAUUCAGCUUUGAAGUUUGUUGUCCCUUUGAAACCUGCUGCAGUGGAGUUGGGAGGUACACUUAGCCUGGUAUGUGAACUAAAUCAAGCCUCAGGGGAUGUUGUCUGGCAGCAUGGUGGUCGAGAGAUUAAACCUGGAGGCAGGCACAGUGUCAGGACAGAUGUGGCUAAGCGGGUGCUCACUGUGACUGGCAUGACUAAAGAAGAUGAAGGAGAAUACAGCUGUGAAUGUAGAAAUGACAAGACCUCUGCUAAAGUCUCCUCAAAAGCACCCAGACUAGUGCGGCUGACCACCAAACUGAACAAUGUUGCUGCUAUGGAGGGAAAAGACGCCAUUUUCAAGUGUACUGUCAACCCAGCGGAUGUCAGCGUGAAAUGGUUCCACAACAGUGUACCCAUCACUGCUGGGCCCAAGUAUAAAAUUGAGCAUGGUGGCACCAGUCACUCACUCACCAUCACCUCUGUCAACCAGAAAGAUGCUGGAGAGAUUAGCAUUGAUGCAGAAGGCAAAACUUGCAAAGCUACCCUGCAAGUGCAACAUGAGCCUGUGACAUUUAAGAAAAAGCUAGAAAACCUGACAGUGGAGGAGCAGAGUGAAGUGAAGCUGGAGGUGGAACUCAGCAAGCCAUCAGAUGAAGUCAGGUGGAUGAAGAACAGCGUAGUGCUGCAAGCUGCAGGAAACAUGGAGAUUCGGGUUGCCGGAGCUAAACAGGCUCUCAUCUUCAAGAGUGUGACUCAUGCUGAUCGAGGCAUCUACUCCUGUGAAACUCUGGAUGACAAAACUCAGGCCAAACUCAAUGUGGAGAUGAAGAAGAUCCAGGUAAUAAAGGGCCUAACAGAAACUAAGGCACAUGAGACAGAGACAGUAACUCUUGAGGUAGAACUCAACCAGGCAGAUGUUGAAGGCUUCUGGACCAGGGAUGGGGCCAAGUUAAAGUCGGGGGCCAACUGCCGUAUCACAGUUCUGGGAAAGAAACAUGCCUUAACGUUGUCCAAUCUCAAAAGGGAGGAUGCAGGAACUAUUGUUUUCCAAGCAGAAGGUGUACAUAAUUCUGGCAAACUGAUUAUCACAGAACCUCCUGCUAUGAUCUCCAAGCCUAUUAUGGACAUCAGUGUUCCUGAGAAGGAGAAGGUCACUUUUGAAUGUGAAGUGUCCAGAACAAAUGCAGAUGUUAAAUGGUUCAAGGAUGACAUGGAACUGAAACCAGGGAAGAACUUUGGCAUCCAUUCCUUGGGCCGAAAGCGCUCUUUGGUCAUCAACAAAUGCACCCCUGAAGAUGCAGGCACUUACAUAUGUCGCACUGCUGAUGAUAACACCUCCGCCAAGCUCACUGUCCAUGCCAGAGAUGUUAAGAUUGUUAAGAAGCUGGAGGAUGUGGAGGUGAUGGAGAAGGAGAGUGCUGCAUUUGUCUGCGAAAUCUCACAUGAUGAAGUGGACUGCCAGUGGUACAAAGGAAGCACCAAACUCAAAGUCGGAGACAACAUCAAGAUGAGACAAGAGGGCAGAACCUAUGUACUGCUGUUCAAAUCUGUCUCACCAGAAGAUAUGGGUGAGAUUAAAUUCACAGCUGACAAGGCCUCUUCAUCUGCAAAACUUAAAGUGAAAGAGCUGCCUGUCAAGUUUGUGAGGAGACUCAGGGAUAAGAUAGCGAUGUAUAAGCAUCGUGGUCAUCUUGAAUGCCAAGUGUCACGUGCCAGUGCAAAGGUGAAGUGGUUCAAGAACAAGACGGAGAUCCAACCCAGCAACAAGUACGAGAUCAAAAGUGAAGAUGUGUACCGAAAACUCACCAUUAAUGACGUGGACGAGCGUGACGAAGACACAUAUACCUGUGACGCCACUGAUGACAAGACAUCCUGUAAACUACUCGUGGAAGAGCAGUCCAUCAGCAUUGUGCGGGACCUUAGUCCUGUAGAAGUGACAGAACCCUUUGCAGCCGUUUUUGAAGUUGAAAUCAGCAUGGAAUUGGUGAAACCUCCUACAUGGACUCUGAAUGGCGUUGCUGUGCAGGAGAGUGCUGAUGUUGAAAUGGAGAAAGAGGGCACUAUGCACCGUCUCACUUUCAAAAAGACCAAAGCGUCAAUGACAGGACCUGUGCAGUUUACAGCUGGGAAGAGCAAAUCUUUAGCCCAGCUGACAGUCAAAGAGCGUCCACUUGAGAUUGCAGAGCACAUCAAAGAUGUGAAGGGGAAGGAGAAAAGCUCAGCCAUGCUCACCUGCAAAUUCUCUGCCUCACCAAAAGAGGUUAAAUGGUUCAAAGGUCAGGUACCUCUGACAGCAUCAGACAAGUAUAACAUGAAGCACGAUGGUACAAGAGCUCAACUUACCAUUCAAAGGUUGACUGAGGAAGACAGUGGAGAGUACUGCUGUCAGUCCGGACCUGCUAAGACUAAAGGCACACUUACUGUUGAAGUGCGUGAAAUCAAGGUCACCAAGCACUUGGCUGACACAGAGGUUGACGAAGACAGCGAUGCAGUGUUCACAAGUGAGAUUAACUACGCAGACGAAGAUGUGCAGUGGCUUCUGAAUGACAAGGUGCUCUUCACUAACGAAGUCAACACGAUCACUCAUGAAGGGAAGGUUCACAAGCUCACACUGAAGAACUUGGCACCUCAGGAUGGGGGGACUAUCACCUUUCAAGUCCGCAAGGUGAAGGAGUCUGUGACACUGAAGGUUAAAGAGAAACGUGCUGUGUUCCUCAAGUCUCUAGAUGAUGUUAUUGGAGAAGAGAAAGGAAUGAUAACUCUGGCGUGCGAGGCGUCCAAACCCAGGGUUUCUCCCGUAUGGAGAAAAGAAAGUAAAGUCUUGAGGGCUGGACCAAAGUAUGAGCUUCUUCACACAGGCAAGUCUUUGGGACUGAUUGUCAAGGAUGUCACCAAAGAAGAUGCUGGAGAGUAUAGUUGUGAUCUUGGAACUGAGGUUUCUAAAGCAAAGGUCACUGUAAGAGAGAUUGGCAUUGGAAUUACCAAAUGGCUGAAGUCAGCUGAGGUGAAUGAGGGAGAGACAUGUAGCUUUGAGUGCAUCUUAUCUCGUGAGAGCACAGAUGAGUGUUCCUGGACUCUGAAUUGCCAAACUAUUACAAACGGAGGUCGCUUCAAAGUUGCCAAUAAAGGACGCAAGUACACAUUGACCAUUAAGGAUGUCACUCCUGCUGAUGCCGGAGAGGUGGUCUUCAACAUUAAAGACCUGAGCUCCAAAACAACAUUAACAGUUGAAGGCAAAGCUUCAUCUGUGUCGAAAGGACUGCAGAAUGUGAGUGUUGUUCAAGGGGAAGAUGCUGUAUUUACCUGUGAGGUAACACAUGCUAGUUCCACUGUAAAAUGGGCCAAGGAAGGCAAAGCCAUCAAAAAGAGCCAGAAGUAUGACAUUAGCCAAGAAGAUAAGUUCAUGAAGCUUGCCAUCCGUAAUGUCUCUGCUCAAGACUCUGGAGAGUACAGCUGCGAAGUUGUUGGAGGUGCAACCACCAAAGCCAAGCUUGAAAUCAAGGAGCCAAUCCAUAAAUUCACCAAAGCGCUGAAGGACAGUCAAGCAGAGGAGAAGAGCUCCGUGACCUUGCGGUGUGAGACAGCACAAACCCCGUCCACUGUGGUAUGGCUGAAAGGUCACUCAGAGCUCAAGGCUGGAGGUCGAUAUGAGAUGUCCCAGAAGGAAGGAGUCUUAACUCUCACCAUUAAACACCUGGAGGAGAAAGACACCGAUAUCUACACUUGUGACGUGGGCACUGCCAAGAGCAUGGCAAAGGUGACAGUCAAUGCCCUGCCUGCCAGUUUUAAAGAAGAGCUCAGGAACCAAGAGAAAAACAAAGGGGAGACUGCAACACUUUGCUGCAAGUUAUCAAAACCUGCGGUCGACAUUCAGUGGAAGAAAGGCUCUGAAAUUCUCAACGCUGGAGAUAAGUAUGAGAUGAAGCAGAAGGAGACCUCUUGUGAGCUUCAGAUUAAGAACUUGAAGGUUGAAGAUAGUGGAGAAUAUUCUUGUGUGUGUGGGGACCAGAAGACAUCUGCAACUGUAAAAGUCAAUGCAUUGCCGCCAACCUUCAUACGGAAGCUGGAGAGCCAGGAGGCUGAGGAGGGUGCCAGCGUUACUCUGCGAUGUGAGCUCUCUGAACCUGGAGUCCCUGUUGAGUGGAAGAAGGGAUCCCAGGUCCUGAAGUCUGAAGAAAAGUACCAGAUGAAGCAGAAGGCCACUGAGAAUGAACUUGUGAUCAACAAAGUGGUGCCAGAAGACAGUGGAGACUACAGCUGUGUGUGUGGAGAGCAGAAGACCACAGCCAGCCUCAACAUUAAGGCCCAACCAGUGACCUUCAAACAGAAGCUGGAGAGCCAGGAGGCUGAGGAGGGUGCCAGCAUUGCUCUUCGAUGUGAGCUCUCUAAGCCUGGAGUCCCUGUUGAGUGGAAGAAGGGAUCCCAGGUCCUGAAGUGUGGAGAAAAGUACCAGAUGAAGCAGAAGGCCACUGAGAAUGAACUCGUGAUCAACAAAGUGGUGCCAGAAGACAGUGGAGACUACAGCUGUGUGUGUGGAGAUCAGAAGACCACAGCCAGCCUCAACAUUAAGGCCCAACCAGUGACCUUCAAACAGAAGCUGGAGAGCCAGGAGACUGAGGAGGGAGCCAGCAUUACUCUUCGAUGUGAGCUUUCUAAACCUGGAGUCCCUGUUGAGUGGAAGAUGGGAUCCCAGGUCCUGAAGUCUGAAGAAAAGUACCAGAUGAAGCAGAAGGCCUCUGUGAAUGAACUUGUGAUCAACAAUGUGGUGCCAGAAGACAGUGGAGACUACAGCUGUGUGUGUGGAGAUCAGAAGACCACAGCCAGCCUCAACAUUAAGGCCCAACCAGUGACCUUCAAACAGAAGCUGGAGAGCCAGGAGGCUGAGGAGGGAGCCAGGGUUACUCUCCAAUGUGAGCUCUCUAAACCUGGAGUCCCUGUUGAGUGGAAGAAGGGAUCCCAGGUCCUGAAGUGUGGAGAAAAGUACCAGAUGAAGCAGAAGGCCUCUGUGAAUGAACUCGUGAUCAACAAAGUGGUGCCAGAAGACAGUGGAGACUACAGCUGUGUGUGUGGAGAUCAGAAGACCACAGCCAGCCUCAACAUUAAGGCCCAACCAGUGACCUUCAAACAGAAGCUGGAGAGCCAGGAGGCUGAGGAGGGAGCCAGUGUCACUCUCCGAUGUGAGCUCUCUAAACCUGGAGUACCUGUUGAGUGGAAGAAGGGAUCCCAGGUCCUGAAGUGUGGAGAAAAGUACCAGAUGAAGCAGAAGGCCACUGAGAAUGAACUUGUGAUCAACAAAGUGGUGCCAGAAGACAGUGGAGACUACAGCUGUGUGUGUGGAGAGCAGAAGACCACAGCCAGCCUCAACAUUAAGGCUCCUCCCUCAGGUGCUAAAUUGGAAUCGAAGAGGCAGGGCAAAGAAACGUGAAAUACCAAAGCGCCUUCCAUCGCUGCUAAAGACAAGCACAAGAUGCAAGAUAUAAAUGAGAGGGUGGAAGCUGUGACACUGCCAUCUACUGGACAGACUCCUAAACAGCAGCUCCUCAAACAGGAGAUUCAGAGAGAUGAUCAGGAGUUGAAAAUUGGAGGUGAAGCUGAAAAGUCUGCUGCUGGAAAAGCUGCAAAACAAGAUACCCAGGGCCACGGGAACAAAGAGGCAACAGAAGCCCAGCCUGUCCUUCUCAAAACCCAGCUGCAGAACCUUCAAAGACAGGCAGGGGAGAAUGCUAGUCUUCGUUGUGAGACCACAAAGCCAGGAUCCAGUGUGGUCUGGAGGUGUGGCGACAGGGUGCUGGCAUCCAGCAGCAAGUAUCACCUGAAACAGGAAGGAACCAUGGUCGAGCUUGUCAUCUAUAAACUGCAGGGAGCGGACUCAGGAGAAUACUCCUGUGAUACAGGCAGCCAGAGGACUUCAGCUGUCCUCACUGUGCAGGAGGUCGAGGUUAACAUACUGAAAUUCUUGGAGAGCUGCGUCGUAUACGAGGGUGAAGAUGUCCACUUUGAAUGUGUGGUAUCUCAUGAGGAGGCACCUUUGGCUCAGUGGAAACUUCAGGAUGUCCCACUACAGAGUAAUGAAAUGAACCUGAUGAAGACUGAGGGCAGGGUACACAGCCUCACACUCAGAGGCGUCACCAAAGCUGACUCAGGAACAGUCACUUUCACAGUGGGUAACCACACUUCCACUGCUUCUCUGACAGUCAGAGCCGCACCUGUACUGUUCAAGAAGGAGUUGGAAAGUCAAGAGGCCACGGAAGGUGACAAGGCCACCCUGUCCUGCGAGACAUCUAGCCAGGACUGCAAGGUGACGUGGCUGAAGGGCUCAACUGUGCUCACCCAUGGGGAGAAGUACAGUAUAGAGCAGAAUGCUACCACCCACAUCCUGGUCAUACACAAGCUGAAUGUUAAGGAUAGUGGAGAAUAUACCUGUCAUACAGGGGACAAGAAAAGCACCGCUUCCCUGACUGUGAAAGAACAUGUGCGCAUUCUCAGAGAACUCUGCGAUAUUACUGUGACCACUGGGCAGGAUGCUGUCUUUGAGGUUGAGUUGUCACACUCAGGCGUGACUAAUGGGGAAUGGUGGCUUGGAGACAACCCCCUCCAAAAUAACGAUCUGAAUCAAAUGAGCAGCCAGGGCAGAGUGCACCGUUUGGUCCUGAAGAUGGUGACUACAGAUGAAUCAGGGGAUGUUGCCUUCGUAGUGGGAGAAGAGAAGAGCGUGGCCUGUCUUCUGGUGGAGGAAAAACCCAAAGUGCUAAUACUAGAGAAGCCACACAACACUGUGGCAUUAGAGGGCGAAACUGUCACUCUGGCCUGCACCAUCUCUGACCCCAAGGCCGCUGUCACCUGGAUCAGAAACAGUGUGGCCAUCAAGGCUGGUCUCAAGUAUGACCUGCGGAACAAUGGAGGGUUCCACCAGCUUCGUAUCCACAACCUGGUGCCUGACGACUCAGGAACGUACACCUGUGACACUGGAGAUGCACGGUGUGACGUCACCUUGACUGUGGAAGGUGCCCCUGCGUUCUUCCACAAAGAGCUCCAGAACCAGGACGCCACAGAGGGUGAUGAUAUUACCCUGCGCUGUGAGCUUUCUAAGCCAGGCGUUCGUGUUGAGUGGAGGAAAGGAGGCGUGGUCCUCGGGCCUGGUAAGAAGUUUCAAAUGAGGCAGGAUGGUUGCGUUCAAGAGCUCUGUAUACAGAACCUGGAGCCUGAAGACAGUGGCUACUACACCUGUGACGCAGGAGACCAGCUCACUACAGCUUCUUUGGCAGUGCAAGUGAAAGAAGUCCUCAUUUUGUGCGGUCUUAAGACCACCGAUGUCUUUGUUGGGGAAUGGGCAACCUUCUCCUGCCAGCUGUCUGGCAGGGCGCCGGGCAAGGUGCAGUGGUGGCUGGAUGGCACCUUGUUGGAGAACAGCCCCUUUAGUGAGAUAGGGCUGAGCCAAGACCACAUCCACACGCUCACCUUAAAGAACCUGGCCACAGAUGACUCUGGCACUGUCACGUUCAAAGCUGCCAAUUUAACAUCAACAGCCAAGCUCUUAGUCAAAGAUCCCACAGUUGAAGUGGUGAGCGAGAUGGAGGACCUUCGGGUGGUCGAAAACCAACCGGCCGAGUUCAUCUGCCAGUACUCAAGGCCGGUCAAGGCUCAGUGGAAGAAAGAUGGGCAGCUAUUGCAGCCUGAUGGCCGAAGGGUGGUAGUGGAGCAGGACUGGAACGUGGCUCGCUUGUACAUUAGCCGCGUGUCUGCUGAGGACAGGGGCACGUACUCCUGCGAGGCAGAGGGGACCUACGUGGUCGCUUCACUUCAUGUGGACGCCAAACCCAUUGACAUUGUCCAGGGCCUGGAGAAUGUAGAGACCUUUGAUGGAGGCGAAGCGCUGUUUGAGUGUGCCCUCUCUCGUCCUGAAAGCAAAGACUGCCGCUGGCUUCUUGACGGGAAACCAGUGAAAGAAUCCCCCAACGCUGAGAUUGUGUCAUUUGAGAGUGGUCGUCGUCAUCUGCUCCUGCUGAAAGAGCUGCAUAUGAAAGACAGUUGCACAGUGACCUUCAAAGCUGGCACAGCGUCCACAACUGCCCAACUCUCAGUCAAAGGCUGGCAGCUGGAUGUUGUGAAGGGUCUGGACGACAAGGUGGCUGCAGUGGGAGAGAAGGUCGAGUUUUGUGUGGAGCUCACAGAGCCCGUCCCUGCAGCAGAAGUAGCCUGGUAUGCUAAUGGAAUUGAAAUCAAGCCCAGUGACCUCUGGGCUAUGAGAGCUGAUGGCUGCUCUUAUCGACUUGUGCUGAGACAGGCACCUCUUUUGCCACAGCAGGAAAUUACAUUUGCUGCUAGAGAUGCUCUCUCUUUGGCCAAGCUCACCAUCAUCACUGUAGCUGAUCCUCCAGAGGACCCCGAGGUCCUCAGUAAGACUAAACAGUCUGUCACCCUCUCUUGGUUCACUCCUCUACACGAUGGAGGGAGUCCCAUUCUGGGCUACAGGGUGGAGAUGCGGCUGGUAGACAGUGCCCUCUGGCUCCCUUGUCACUCUGAACCAGUAUGCAACACAGAGUUUGUGGUUGAGAAUCUGACCCCCGGCAGUAGCUACAGGUUUAGAGUGGCAGCCAUCAACAGAGCUGGGACUGGAGAGCCUGUUGAGUUGCCUCAAACUGUGCAGCUUGAGUCAGCCGUGCAGCCACUAAUUUCCCCAGGUAAGACACUGUGUGUAGCAAAACAGGUAGAGACUGAGAUACUGGGGCAACCCAGUCUGCCUCCAGAAGCAGCUGAAGAAGGUGAUGUCUACGACCUGUGGGAAGAAUCAGCCAAGAAGCGCCGCAUGAGUAGAGAGCCCACCCUGGAUUCCAUAUCUGAACAACCCGAGGAGGAUGGUAAAGGUGGCCAAAAGAAAUCAGGACAGAAGGAGCUGAAUAAGUCAGAUAAAGUGGAAAUAAAAUCAGAAGAGAAGAAGCAGGCCAUUGUGCAGAAGAAGCAGACAGAGUCCAACUUGUGCACCAGCUCUGAGGAUGAGUCUGUUUCUGGAGGUUCAUCACUUGUGUCCUACCUCAAGAAGAGCAGCAAGUCUACUGUCACAGCCACCAAUGAGACUGAAACUCUGUCCACUGAGAGGUUCUUUGCACAUUUCCAGAUGGCAGAGCAGAGAACAAUGCAGCAGACUGAAGUGGAAACAACUGUAAUUCAGCAGACAAAUGAAAAACAGGUGUCUUCAGGGGAGACUGAUAUCAUGCAGAUCACUAAAGAGGAUGAGCCUGAGCUCAGAGAUGCUGCCAUUAAGAUUCAGGCUGCCUUCAAGGGCUACAAAGCCCGCAAAGACAUGCGCCCUGUUUUUAAAGAGGCCUUCAAAGACCAGACCAAAGAACCUAAUGGCACCAUACAUCUAGAAUGUGUGACAGAAGGUAAACCUGAUAAGGUGCAGUGGCUGAAGGAUGGAGAACCACUGACAGAUGGCAAGCACCACCAUAUUGAUAUCUACAAUGAUGGUACUUGCUCACUGGUCAUUACUGCCAUCACCACAAAGGAUACUGGGGUUUACACUUGUGAGGUCACCAACAAGUUUGGAGUCUCUUCUCACAGUGGUAAGGUCACAGUAGGAACGGCGAGAGAAUCAUCUGGGCGACGGCCGCUGACAGUGGGCUACAGCGCCGACAGCGAGGCAGAGAGCUCCUCAGGAAGUGAGAUGGACGAGUCACUGAGGCAGGCAAGCAGACGUCUCCGGCGCCUGCUGCGCACACGUCUGCCACCAGAUGUUGAGGAAGAACCAUUUGUCAGCGCAGAUGAGGGAGACCUGCGUCCCCCAGAUCCUCACUCUUACCGGGAGGAUGACUAUUACAUCUACAUUCGCUUUGACUCACGGACAGAGGCUGAGGUUGCCUCAAAGAGGUUCCAGGAGAUGUUUACAAUCCACGGGGUUCCUGUGGAGACCACCAUCCUAGAGGCAGGGCAUCUCAAAGUGGAGCUGCGAAUUAGAAAGAUGGGCUACACACAAGAUGGCACUCAGACCCCCACACAAGAUAGACAGCCUCCUGCUCUGAUGACUGGAGCCCCGGCUGCCCCAGUCUUCUUGACACAGCUACAAAGUCAGGAUGUUCCAGAUGGUUAUCCAGUCAGCUUUGACUGUGUUGUGAUUGGCAAGCCCCCUCCCACUGUUCGCUGGUAUAAGGAUGGCAAACUGCUCGAGGAGAAUGACCAUUACAUGAUCAAUGAAGACCAGGAGGGCUGCCACCAACUCAUCAUUACCACUGUUCUGCCCACUGACAUGGGAGUCUAUCGUUGCACUGCUGAAAACAGCAGCGGCAUCGCAGCCACUAAGGCUGAACUCAGGGUUGACAUGUCUUGCAGCUCAGAUUAUGACACUGCUGCUGAUGCCACUGAGACAUCUUCCUAUGUCAGUGCCAAGGGCUACAUGUCCAGGGAAACUGAAACAUUUGAGUCUGUAGCUGAAGAUGAUCAACUACCACAAGUUGUGGAGGAGCUUCAUGAUGUUCAUGUCAGUCCAGGUUCACCCAUCGCUAAGAUGCAGCUCAAAGUAAAGGGCUUCCCCAAACCCAGAGUAUACUGGUUCAAAGAUGGCCACCCUCUGCGACCUUCAAAAAGAGUUCUGUUGCUAGCAGAGAGAGAAGUUCAUGGCUUGGAGAUCCUGGAGGUGAAGCGAGAGGAUAUGGGAGAGUACUCUGCCUACAUCAGCAAUGUGGCUGGUUCUGCUUACUCCUCUGCCCGACUCAUAGUUCUGAGUCCAGGGGAGAUUAUGCCACAAGAUAAAAGAGACCCCAAGGAACCCCUGGUGCCUCCACGCUUCCUUGAAAGGUUCAGCAACAGGAAGGUGAAACGAGGAGCCAGCAUCACUCUGUCUGUCAAAGUAGAAGGCUCUCCCAGUCCUAUGGUUUCCUGGUUAAAAGAGGAAUCAAUGGAAGACGUCCUGUGGAUCAAGCCUGAUACCAAGGGAUACAAAAUCGCAAGCUCAGGGCGCCAGCACAGCCUCAUCCUGAUGGACGUGGGCACAGAAUACACCGGUGCCUACACCUGCAUUGCCACAAAUAGGGCAGGACAGUCCAUCUGCACUGCCCACCUCGAAGUUGAUGACACACCGCAACCAAAGAAAGAGACCAAAACCUCAGAGGUUCUUGGGAUUACAGUUAGUCCUCCAGAAGAGGAGGCUGGCAGAGGAAAAGAGGGUAAAAUCCCGUACCUAGGUGAAGUAGGUACAGAGGAAUUCCUCAUGAAACUCACCUCCCAGAUCACUGAAAUGGUAUCAGCAAAGAUUACCCAAGACAGCUUACAGAAUCAUGAAGUGCUCCAGUGGAUGAAAUCUUGGCCCAAAACUACCACUUCAUUACGCGUACCAGGUGUCGACAGUGAUGAUGAGACCAAGACUCCUUCUCCGUCACCUCAUCACGGUCGCUCUCGUCCUCCCUCGCUCAUAGCUGACUCCUCCUCUGAGUCUGAUGAAGGGGAUGCCAGGGGAGAGAUGUUUGACAUCUAUGUGGCAACAGCCGACUACAACCCCACGGUAGCCAGCAAAGAAUCCAUCUCUCUAAAGGAGGGACAGUAUGUUGAGGUUUUGGACUCAGCUCAUCCACUCAAAUGGUUGGUCCGGACCAAACCAACCAAAACUACACCAUCCCGCCAAGGCUGGGUCUCACCUGCCUACCUGGACAAGAAACUCAAACUCUCUGCUGAGACAGGUGACCUUCCAGAGACGAGUGUAGAGGAGGUGUCUGAGGGUGAAUACAAGAAGAAAUUAUUCCAACUGAUCCACGACCUGAUUAAUGGUGAAUCACAGUUUGUAAAAGAGAUAGACUUCUUUACCUCCCAUCACUUGAAGCACGCAGAAAGCCCCGAUACACCGCCUGAGGUCAGCAGCCAGAAGGACACCAUAUUCAGGAACAUCGACGAUAUCAAGUCCUUCCACAGCAAGGCAUUCUUCCCAAAGUUGAACGACUGUGAGACAGAUGAUGACGUCGCCAUGUGCUUCCUGAAGAGCAAAGAGGGCUUCGAGAAGUACCUCCAGUAUCUUGUUGGUCAGGGUCAGGCUGAAUCUGCUGUCAGUGACAAGACCGUCCACCGCUUUUUCAGGGAGUACACUGAGAAAGCACAAGCCAGCGCAGACCCUGCAGACCCUCCUGUUCGCAGCAUCAACGCCUGCCUCCAACAACCACUGGAGAGGAUUCAGAAGUACAAGGCCGUCCUGAAGGAGCUCAUUCGAAACAAGGCAAGAAAUGGCCAGAACUGCUGCCUACUGGAAGAAGCGUAUGCCAUGGUGUCUGCGCUACCUCAGCGCUCUGAGAACACGCACCAUGUCUCCAUGAUCGAGAACUAUCCUGCCACGCUGGAAGUAUUAGGAGAGCCAAUUAGACAGGGACCUUUCCAAGUGUGGGAAGGGGCUCCAGGAAUUAGGACGUCCUCUAGAGGUCACCACCGCCACGUCUUCCUGUUUAAGAACUAUUGUAUAAUUUGCAAACCCAAGAGAGACAGCAACACUGAUACACAGGCAUAUGUCUUUAAGAACAUGAUGAAGUUGAAUAACAUCGAUGUGAAUGAGACAGUGGAGGGUGAUGACCGUUCCUUUGAGAUCUGGCAUGAACGUGAGGAUUCUGUGAGGAAAUACACCUUGCAGGCCCGAACUGUUACCAUCAAGAACUCAUGGCUGAGAGACUUCAGAGAACUUCAGCAGCGAUACAGCAUGCCUGCAUGGAGUCCUCCUGACUUUGAUGAAAUUCUGGCAAAUUGCACAGCAGAGUUGGGGCAGACUGUUAAACUGGCCUGCAAAGUCACUGGAGUGCCCAAACCUGCGGUCACAUGGUACAAAGAUGGACGUACUGUGGAGGCAGAUCCUCAUCACAUCAUCAUUGAGGACCCCGAUGGUUCCUGCACACUGAUCUUGGAUAACAUGACAGCAGAUGAUUCUGGCCAGUACAUGUGCUUUGCCACAAGCUCAGCUGGCAAUGCCAGCACUCUUGGCAAGAUCACCGUUCAGGUGCCUCCUCGUUUCGUGAAUAAAAUGAGGAACACUAUAUUUGUUGCUGGCGAGGACGCUCAGUUCACCUGCGUCAUACAGAGCGCUCCCAGCCCCAAGAUCAGGUGGUUCAAGGAUGGCAGGCUGCUGACUGACCAGGAGAAGUAUCAGACCUACAGCGAGCUCCGUAGUGGGGUGCUGGUCUUGAUAAUAAAAAACCUGACAGAGAGAGACCUGGGACACUAUGAGUGUGAGUUGUCCAACCGUCUGGGCAGUGCCAAGUGUGCUGCUGAUUUAGUUCCACCCUCUGCUGUGGCUCGCACUGGUGAGCAGGCCAUCUCUAUUGAAGUUACUGAGCAGGAGACUAGAAUACCAAAGAAAACCAUCAUCAUUGAGGAGACCAUAACCACUGUGGUGAAAAACCCACGCAUGAGGAGGCACAGGUCCCCUGGCUUGACUAUUGUCGGAGCCCACCGCUCGGAGACCUCCACCCCAGAGCCCCCUACAGCAAGGCUGAGGAGGAUGCCCACUCCCAGAAAGACCACUAUCCCGACCCUCUAUGUUACUGAGCCCGAGGGCACUGAAGCCAGAGCCAUGGAGAGCAAACCCAGGUGGGUCGAGGUAGAGGAGGUCAUCGAGUAUAAGGUCAAUAAAUCCCCCAGGCUGUCCAGGAGGAGAGGCAUCUCACCAGCAGGGUCUGAUCGUGCAGCCACUCCCUCCAGAGCCAAACGGUCUCCACCCGAAAACCCAAACGCUAACAAUUCCAACAACAAGCUGGUGGAGCAGGCCCAGCUGCAGGGAGACGUCAGCAGCCAGCAGCUCUCCUGGGAAGAAGAGGAGGCUCAUGUCACCUCUGAUUCUGUCUCUGGAAUCACCGGAGAGCCACACGAGCUCUCAUCUGUCCUGACGCCAGCUGGAGAGGACAGCGAGGACCUGGAUGAUCAACAAACUGUCAUCUUUGAACCAGAUGAUGAAGAUGAUGAUCAUAGCUCAUUCACAAAGCAGGAGCCUCAGAUUCUGACGCGAGGAGGCCGCGUCCUAACCCUCGAAGACUUGGAGGAUUAUGUCCCGGAAGAAGGCGAGACCUACGGCUCCUCCAACACCCAUCACACCGCUGCGGAAAAGCCCUGUGAGAUCUCUGUGCUCCAGAGGGAGAUCGGUGGGUCCGCGGUGGGACAGCCGGUGCUCCUCAACGUGGGGCGGCCGGUUGUGGUACCGAGGCAGAGGAGCGGCUUCUUCAGUCGCUUCAGGGAACAUCUCUCCAGCAGCCUUUUCUCACCUGCUGUCCCCCAAGCCAGCGGAGCCCGGUCCAGGACGGAAAGGCACGUCCCCAUCCAAGUGAGCCACGCGCAGCUGGAAGUGAAGCCUUCAUACUGCUCAGAGGUGCAGAGAGUCGAGGGUGGGCAGCAGAGCUUUAAAACCAAAGUGUCAACUCAGACCUACGGCUACACAUCAGUGGGCAAGCCAGUCACUCUUCAAAUCAGUGAUAACCUUCACCAGAACCAGUAGUAGCAAACUAUUUUAAUUUGGUACCACAAACCCUCUUAGUCUUAAAUGGGGACAUUUCUACUUAAAUGACGAAUGACACAUAUCCUAACGUGGCGUAUAUUUACUGCAUUUGACAAACCAUUCCAUUUUGAAGCUGUCCAUCAGAAAAUAGGCUCAUCGUCUGAGUCUUUUUCUUGACAAAUGGUUAGAGUCAGAUGGUCUCUUUGAACUAGGCAACAUGUAGGUAUAACUGUGUCACUGUAAGUCAGCCCCCAACUGCUGUGUUACACCUGCUCUAUGCCACAUGCAGAGUGCAUUGUACAAUAUACACAGAGGACAUAAACCAAAACACUAAGGUUUCUUUAAGGUAAAGGAAGCGUCAUAUUCGAUUUACACAUACCUUCACAAAAUCAUGAACCAUGACAAAUAUUAACUAGUCCAAGCAUUAUCCUCAGUGGAAACUCCUACUAUACACAUCAAUAAAUAGUACAGUAUAUUUAGGUAGAUAUAUUUUUUUCAGGUUUACUUUUGUACCUUUAAAGAAAUGUUGCCUUUUGCACUUUUGCAGUGCCUUAGAUUCCUGGAGCAGCAAAUGUUGGAGUUAGUGGCUGUUAAUGAGGUUAUGUCAACCUGUUUCUACUUCAGUUUUGCUGUUAGUUAAUUUAAGUAUGCAACACUGAUUGUGUAAAAUUAACAACAGAAUUUAGUGACCACUGUGGUCAACAGGCUGUUGUUGAAGUUGAAUCAAAGAUGAGUCUAUAGUCAGUUUAAGCAAAAUCAAAUACAACUUCUCUUCUACUAUGGUUGUUUGUGAAUGAUUUAUUGGUGAGCAGACUGACAACCUGGUUCACAUCAGGUUCCUGUAUUUGACUGCAUUUACAUCAUUUAUAUUUUGUGAAACAUGUUAAUUGUGAAUUGAACGUCAGUUUUUUGGACAUUAUGUGUCUGUUAAUGCAGUGCAAUUACCUUUGAAUUCACAGGAUAUCACAGGAUUAUUCAUAUGUGAUAUAUGUUUAGAUGAGUGACUGCAUGUAUUUGCUUUUCAAAAGCAGACGUGUUUAUCCAGAGUAACCAGAUCUGUUGUAUUUGAUUGCGAGCAAAUGUUCAUGCCAAUUACUUGAGCUCACAGAAUUUACUACCUUUUCACUGCGAUUUAAAAAGCGAGUAGAAUACAGCAUCUGUUCCCUUAAAGAUUUGUGGUGUUUGUGUUGUUUUUCAAGGUCUUCUAGUCAGUUACAAGGAUCAUGUUAUGUAUGAAUAUUAAAGCACUAACAGACUGUAAUUGCUUGUAUUGUACAUGUGUAGUUUUUGAAACACGUAUGCGUACUCAGUGUUAAAUCUGAAUUGAAUAAAUG